AUGUCUGGCUUGACCCAAACGAAUGCUUGGAAAAAUUUGAAGAAACUUUAUGAUACGGUGGGUAUUAAUCUCAAUCUUCGACAAUUGUUUUCUGACGAUGCCAAUCGUUUUCAAACGUAUUCAUUGGAAUUCAAUACUCCCGAUGGCAUUGUUUUGUUUGAUUACUCGAAAAACCUAAUCAACGAUGAGAUUUUAAAGGAAUUGUUUGCUUUAUGCCGAGAAUGUCAUAUCGAGGAUCAGCGGACGAAGAUGUUCAGUGGAGAACUGAUUAAUUUUACGGAAAAACGUGCAGUUCUUCAUACAGCACUACGUGCACCAAAAGAUGCAAAGGAAGUUAAAGUCGAUGGUAAAAAUGUCAUUCCGGAUGUUCAUCGCGUGCUCGAUCAAAUGAAAACAUUCUCCGAAGCUAUUCGCAGUGGACAAUGGAAAGGUUACACAGGUAAAUCCAUUACCGAUGUGGUCAAUAUUGGUAUCGGUGGAUCUGAUCUUGGUCCAUUGAUGAUCACAGAAGCUUUGAAACCCUAUGCUAAAGGUGGCCCACGCGCUCAUUUCGUUUCCAAUAUUGAUGGUACACAUAUUAGCGAAACUGUAUCCAAACUAUCACCGGAAACAACAUUGUUCAUCAUUGCUUCGAAGACGUUUACAACACAAGAAACGAUUACGAAUGCGGAAUCAGCUAAAGAAUGGUUUCUCAAUGCAGCAAAAGACAAGAAGAAUGUCGCCCAACAUUUCGUUGCAUUAUCAACCAAUACCCAAAAAGUAACUGAAUUCGGUAUCGCGAAGGAAAACAUGUUCGAAUUUUGGGAUUGGGUCGGUGGACGUUAUUCACUUUGGUCGGCUAUUGGUCUUUCGAUUGUAUGCGCAGUUGGAUUUGAGAACUUUCAGCAAUUAUUAGCUGGCGCACAUGCUAUGGACAAACACUUCCAAGAAACUCCAUUGGAAAAAAAUCUACCGGUUCUCAUGGCAGUGUUAGGUAUUUGGUACAACAACUUCUUUGGAGCUGAAACACAAGCUAUACUCCCAUAUGAUCAAUACAUGCACCGUUUUUCGGCUUACUUUCAACAAGGUGAUAUGGAAAGUAACGGUAAAUAUCGAACAAAAGAAGGCAAACAAGUGGAUUAUACAACUGGUCCAAUAAUUUGGGGUGAACCUGGUACGAAUGGUCAACAUGCAUUUUAUCAAUUGAUUCAUCAAGGUACAAAAUUAAUUCCGUGUGAUUUCAUUGCUCCGGUGGAAACUCAAAAUCCUAUUCGUGAUAAUCUUCAUCAUAAGAUUUUAUUGGCAAACUUUCUCGCUCAGACAGAAGCUCUAAUGCGCGGCUUAACCGAAGAAGAAGUUCGAAAGAGCGGCGGUGCUAAUGACGAUCUUCUUGUCUAUCAUAAAACAUUUCGUGGUAAUCGACCAACAAAUUCCAUCGUUUUACCACGUUUAACACCCUUCGUUUUGGGUUAUUUGAUUGCUGCCUACGAACAUAAGAUCUUCGUUCAAGGACAAGUUUGGAAUAUUAACUCCUAUGAUCAAUUCGGUGUCGAACUUGGUAAACAAUUAGCCAAAGUGAUCUUACCUGAAUUAGAUUCAACACAACCGGUCACUGCUCAUGAUCCGUCAACAAAUGGUUUAAUCAAUUUUAUUAACAAACAUCGAAAAUGGACACCAACCAGCAGCAAACAAUAG